GAACUAUUUGCGACUAGAUAAAAAAAAACUAAUUUUUCUUCAACUUAUAUCCAAAGGAUAUGUAAACUCCACGAUAGUUAAAUCACCACUGACGAACUUCUAACGUUUACUUGGUAGUGGGGGAAUCAGUAAGUCCUUUUGCAUCUGUUAGCAUAUAAAUUGAAACUUUUGUAAACGAAACAUUGUGCUAAAUUCCGUUGAAAGUUUCUCUUUCAACUUUUUAUUCUAUGAAAAAAUUUAUUAUUUAAUUUUCCAAGGGAAGAGAAUUUAAUUUACUUUUAAUUAUUGGUUUAAAACAAUACAUUUUAGUUAAUAUUGACUACCAAUAUGAUUUUUAAAACGUCAAAUAUUUUAUGCAACAAAUAUGACACAACAAGAUAAAUAAAAGCACAGUCCACUUUCAACAUGAUUCAAAUGCUAAAAAGCUUUCAAGGAAAAGCUUUUUUCAAAUUCUCAUUUUCCGUUAUUCUUCUAUUUGAUAAGACAGUUGAAACAUUUUAUUUUUUAUUACAAAUAAAAAAGCAAUAGAACCACCAUCAAAGAAUUUAUUAAUCCUUUUUUUUAACGGGCAGGCUCAGGCUCAGGCUCUGGUUCAGGUUCUGGUUCAGGCUCGGGCUCAGGCUCUGGCUCAGGCUCAGGCUCAGGUUCUGGCUCAGGCUCGGGCUCAGGCUCGGGCUCAGGCUC